AUGAUGGCCGUUCCAGGAAGCAUCGCACCAAAUGGAACGAAGCUGUGGCUUUUGCACGUGGGCAAUGUUGUAGCAGACGAAGCAUUUUUCAAAACUGGUGCGAACGUAUCCACUGCAAGCAACCCAAACCCACAAACUCAUACUCGGCGAAACAUGGUUAUGAUAUCGGCCUUGAUAUCCCAUCCGACGGAGGGUCUGGUCCUAUUCGAAACUGGAGCGGGUAAAGAUUAUCCAAAUGUUUGGGGUCCCCAGCUGAACGAUGUCUUCGCACGAGAUAGCUAUGUCGAAGAUCAUGAAUUGGACAAUGCAAUUAGAAAGACUGGAAAUGACAUCAAAGAUGUCAAAGCUGUCAUCAUGGGGCACCUUCAUCUCGAUCAUGCUGGAGGACUCGAGCAUUUCCGAGGCACUGGCAUUCCCAUCUACACGCAUGAACUCGAGAUCAAGAAUGCUUUUUAUAGCGUUGCCAGCAAGACCGAUCUGGGAGUAUACCUACCGACCUACCUUCACUUUGACCUGAAUUGGCAACCGUUCCAUGGCGAUGUCUUUGAAUUGGCAGCCGGUUUGAUAGUCCGCCAUUGCCCUGGACAUACCCCUGGCCUCUCCAUUUUGCAAGUCAAUCUGGAGAAUAGUGGAACAUGGGUCUUCACGUCAGACCAUUAUAUUGUGAAAGAGAACUAUGACUCCCUUGCGACCCAAGGAUGGUUUACCAGAGAUCAUGCCUCUUGGUCGCGAUCGAACCAAAUGGUUCAUUCCCUACAGAAGCUGACCGGUGCGAAACUAAUCUUUGGACAUGAUCGCGAUGUCUUCUUUGAAUACAGGAUAGCUCCACAAUUCUAUGAUUAG